CAAAUAUAAGUAACGGUCGGAACACUCUCUCUGGCGUUACUCUGCUCGAACUCUAGAAGCGCGCCAGGGAAGCGGUUGUUUUCGAGCCUAGAGGACGAAUCGACAUGCGUCAGCUUGGCAAUGACGUAGUGCGAUCGUGACGACUGACUUGAAAGUCACAAUUACUGGUAACAACUUACUGGUAACUUGUAACUUUUCUCGAAUGCAUCAGCUUUUUUCUAGCAUGCAGAUCCCAAUGCGUGUGUUGCGAUGAUGAGAAAGGACAGAGACAAUCACACAGCCGCCGUUUUUCUUUGCAUCAGGUGAGGCCGCCUUGCAUGUGUCCAAUUACUAUGGCGACCACAUGGUCCUGCAGCCGGGUCCCCAGCGAGCUGUCCUCACUGGAACAGCGACUAGAGAGGGCGACACCGUCACUGCCCAGAUCAUGGGUCAUGGGUCACCGGUCACAGGUCAUGUUCACGGCGGCAAGUGGAAGGUGAAGCUGCCCGCUGUGACAGAAGCCGGACCUUUCGUCAUCAGGGUCAGCUCCAGCGAGGGACAGGUCACUCUCAACGACGUGCUCUUCGGUGACGUGUGGCUGUGCUCUGGGCAGAGCAACAUGGAGUCUCAAAUGAUGCAGGUGAUGAAAACUCCAACGCUGAAAUUCAGAAAGCCACUCAGUUCACGUCGAUUCGCUUCUUCAAAGCUCUGUACCAGAAAUCGAACACACCUCUGGACACCCUGCAGGUCGCCCUGCCAUGGAGUCUCCCAACCCCCCACAGUGCUGGCUGUUCGCGGAGUACCUGCAGCCUCACCUGAAGUAUCUAAUCGGCCUCGUUGA